AUGGUAAUUGAGUGUUUUGCUUCAGACACGAAACUCAUGGAAAAUAGUGCUUGUGCUAGCAGAUAUGGGAAAUCGGGUAACGAACAGUUUGUGACUGAACUUAGCAAAUGGGUCUUCCAUGAACGAGGGCAUCUAAAGGCUGUCAAUGUUGGACACCACAAAGUUGGUGAAACAGAUGAACCUGCAAUGUAUCGGAUCAAUGAUGACUUGGAAUACUCUGUUGAGAUGUAUGAGUGGUCUGGAAAAAGUUGGGAACCAUAUGUUGCCAAUGAUGUUCAAGUGCAGUUCUUUUUGAUGAGCCCCUAUGUGUUGAAAACCUUGUCAACUGAUCAGAAGGGUCUUUAUUAUACAUCAUUUAAGGUGCCCGAUGUUUAUGGGGUUUUCCAGUUCAAGGUUGAGUAUCAGAAACUUGGAUAUACUGGCUUAUCACUUUCGAAACAGAUUCCUGUUCGGCCUUUCAGACACAACGAAUAUGAAAGAUUUAUAACAACAGCUUUUCCCUAUUACGGAGCUUCCUUUUCUACGAUGGCUGGAUUCUUUAUCUUCAGCAUUUUAUACCUCUACCACAAGUAA